UACCGCAAAUUAUGCAAACAUCCAUAACUUCAAAGGUUAAAAUGCACUGUCAAGACAAGACAGUGUGCAUCUUUGUUGAUCGAAAGAGGCUGAAAGUCGAGGCCAUCCCAGCAUUCUGAAGCCUCCAAGACGGAGUACGUAAGGCUCAGCGUAGUAUUCCGCCAAAAAACCACACCCGCACACGCAAGAAAAUAGGAGGUGAGACAGAUUCUCUUAGGGCGAUAUAUACAAGAAAUUCUUUCUCCAGGUACAUAAGGGGGAAUUUGACACCCUUGUUUGAAUUUGACCCAUUACUGUUGAUAAAAGCCAUCGCAAUAUGCCAGUUGAAGGGUCUUCGAGAGGUUCGACCUCUCAGUACUUGUCUCACAAGGAGGUUUUUGAACACUCAAUGGCUGGUGGCGUGAGAAAGACCCAUGAGGUUUCUCAGACGCUCUCGAUCGACGAGGAAUCUACGAAGGAGGUCAAGAAACAAGGGAAGAUGGCCAGAAUGCUCAAAGUCCAGCCAAAUGACCACAAGCUCGUGAAGGUGCUGAAGAAGUAUCUGAGGUUUGUUGGGCCUGGUCUCAUGAUCUCCGUGGCUUACAUGGACCCUGGUAACUAUGCCACUGAUGUUCAAGCCGGUGCCACGGCUCAGUUCAGUCUCCUGUUCAUCAUCUUACUCUCCAACUUGAUUGCCAUCUUUUUACAAUCCCUUUGUAUCAAGCUGGGCUCGGUGACCGGGUUGGACCUAUCGAGAGCGUGCCGUGAGUUUCUGCCAAGAUGGUUGAACCUGGCGAUCUGGUUCUUUGCUGAAUGCGCCAUCAUUGCUACUGAUGUUGCCGAAGUCAUCGGUACUGCAAUUGCCCUGAACGUGCUGAUGCACAUCCCACUGCCAGCAGGUGUUGUCAUCACAGUGGUUGAUGUCAUCUUUGUCCUCAUGGCCUAUAGACCAGGCUCCUCCUUGAAGUUUGUCAGACUGUUCGAAUACGCUGUGGCAGUCCUGGUUAUGGGUGUCGUUAUCUGUUUCUGCGUCCAAUUGGCCAUGAUGCCACCUGUCAAUGUCCGUGAUUUGUUUAGAGGAUUCGCCCCAUCACACACCAUCCUCGAGGGAACAAACAUGUACACUGCCGUGUCCAUUCUCGGUGCUACAGUCAUGCCUCAUUCUCUGUUCUUGGGAUCAGGGCUUGUCCAGCCAAGACUGAGAGAGUUUGACACUGAGAACCACUACUACCAUGUUCCAGAAGGUGAGGAUCCAGAAGAGGCAUAUUUCAACUACAAACCAACAGAGAAGGCCAUCAGAUACGCAAUGAAGUACUCCAUCGUUGAGUUGGCCAUCACUCUGUUCACAUUUGCGUUGUUCGUCAACUCGGCGAUUUUGAUCGUGUCAGCUGCCUCUCUCUACGGAACACCGGGUGCUGGCGAUGCUGAUUUGUAUGCUAUUUACGACUUGCUAUCCGAGACAAUCGCUCCAGCAGUUGGUACAUUGUUCAUGGUUGCCUUGUUGUUUUCUGGUCAAAGUGCGGGUAUCGUGUGUACCAUUGCAGGCCAGAUUGUGUCAGAAGGCCAUUUGCGUUGGACCAUCAAGCCAUGGAAGCGUAGAAUUGCUACUCGUGCCAUCAGUAUUGUUCCAUGUCUUGUAAUUUCCCUCUCUAUUGGUCGUUCUGGGUUGAACGAUGCGUUGAACGCAUCCCAAGUGGUUCUUUCCAUUUUGUUGCCAUUCCUCACAGCUCCAUUAGUAUACUUUACUUGUAAGAAGUCCAUCAUGAAGGUUGAGGUUAUGGAUACAGAUGAGAUUGAACUGAAUGACAUGAAUGGUGAGGUUGAGCUCAACAACGAGGGCCCAGCCGACAACGGCGAUGCCAAUUCUUUCAACAUGACGAAGGAUAAGAACAUCCAAGUUGUCAAUGACGAAGACGUCAGUGGUAUUAAUAACGCUGAAAGUUCAGAAACUACUGGAGCAGUUAAUGAACGUGAAAAGAAAUACCUUGAUAUGUCCAACAAUUGGAUCACGGCUAUUCUGGGAAUUCUCGUCUGGAUCUUCAUUUCAAUUCUUAACGUUUAUGCCAUUGUUAGAAUCGGUAUGGAUGGUAUCUGAAAUUUGGGAUCAACACGUGGAAAUACGAAUAGUAUUAUAGGCUCGAUUCCUCUCAAAAUUGAGAUGCAAUAGUCACCCUGUGUGAAGAAGAAUCUACGACUCGUGCAUUAUCAAGAAUAAAAGUAGUUAAAAAAGUC